AUGGGUCCGCGAGUCGCGCGAAGGAGGGCCGUCACCGUCCUUUCCGACGAUGAGGACAAUGAGGUCCAGGCAGAGGAUAUACAAGAUGAAACCCCCAAGCCACAGAGACGAGCAUUGGGGAAGCUCAAGUCAAUCAAGAAUGGCAAAGCGUCAUCGUCACGCGCUUCCAAGACCGCCAGUCCGCAGAAAACUUCGCCCAAAACGAAGGACAAAGCUCAGGAUGCUCCCAAACCGGCUGGCAAGCCCAUCUACUCCUUUUUCAAUGCUGCAACACAGAGGCAACAGGCUACACAACCAGCAACAAGUCAUGACAACGCUCUCGCCCAAAUUGAAGACGAUCUGGAGGUAAUUCACGAUGACAGCGAUGACAGCAAGGCACAGAGUGGGUCAACCACAGCGCUUGCCAAAGGAUCAAGUACAGCUGUAGCUAUGAGGAAGCGCAAGUUCCAACAGAGCCAGAGCCCAGGAGAUCAAAAUGGGCUACCUCUUAUUGCUUCGCAGAAGUUCCGCAAGGCUGGCGGUGGUGAGCGCGUGCCCUCUUUUACUGUCAAAAACGAAGACAAUCGGCCAUGGACAGAACAAUUCGCACCGAUCGACCUGAGUGAGCUGGCUGUCCACAAGCGAAAAGUUGGAGACGUCCGAAACUGGCUAGAAAUGACUUACCGAGGAAGACGUCAAAAGGUUCUAGUCCUCAAAGGUGCGGCGGGAGUGGGAAAGACGAUGACCAUUCAGUUACUGGCCAAGCAGCUGGGCAUUAACCUAUUGGAAUUCAACGAUCCAGCUCCCUCUGACUAUGCCACUGAUGGAUCUGGAUCUGCCUCUGUGCGGUUUGAGGAGUUCAUGGCCCGGGCUGGCAAAAACGGAGGCCUUCAACUGUUGAUGGGAAAUUCGAAUAACCUGGCACCGGCAAAUGACAGUCUCGCCCACACCGAGGACGUCUCGGAUGACAGAUUGCAAGCUUUGCUUGUUGAAGAGUUCCCCAACACGUUUUCUAAGACCUCGACAAGUCUUCAAGCAUUUCGUUCUGCUCUCGCUCAGCACGUGUCAUCAGCCGUUGGAGCAAAUUCAAAGCCCACUCCAGUAAUUCUGGUAGUUUCGGAGACACUACUGUCUACAAACACAGCUGUCGCUGAUAGCUUUACCGCGCAUCGACUUUUGGGCCCGGAACUGAUGACGAAUCCUUAUGUCGACACCAUCGAAUUUAAUGCUGUUGCGCCUACUUACCUGACCAAAGCAUUAGAGACAAUCGUUGUGAAAGAGGCAAGAAAGUCCGGUCGACGACGUACACCCGGUCCACAGGUGUUGAAAGUGCUCGCUGAAACUGGCGACAUUCGCAGUGCGGUGUCGUCUCUGGAGUUCCUCUGUCUGCGCGGAGAUGAGGGAGACAUCUGGUCUAGCAAGGUGUCGUUCACCAAAUCAAAGCAACCUAAGAAUCAACGUCUCACGAAAGCCGAGGAAGAAGCUUUGAAGCUUGUCACCAACCGCGAGAGCAGUCUGGGCAUCUUUCACUCUGUCGGCAAGGUAGUAUACAACAAGCGAUCGGAGCCACCAGCCGGCACGUUACUGACACAGCCUCCUGUCUGGCUACCACAGCAUCAACGCUGGAAGGUGCCCGAGACGGACACAAACCUGCUCAUUGAUGAGAUGGGCACAGACACGCCAACAUUUAUUGCUGGUCUUCACGAGAAUUAUGCGCUCUCUUGCGCCUCGCCAAGUGCCGAGGAGAGUCUGGACAGUCUAGUUGGCUGUAUGGACAGCCUGUCGAAUUCCGACCUUCUGUCGCUUGAUCGGUUCUCAUUCGGCACGCGAGCUUUCUCCGGCUCGACGACCGAUAGUCUGAGACAGGACGAGAUGGCUUUCCAGGUUGCCGUGCGAGGUAUGCUGUUCAGUCUGCCACACCCGGUCCACAGGAGUGCUGCUGCCAGCAGCAACCGGGGUGAUGCACAUCGCAUGUUCUAUCCUACUUCUCUGAGGAUCUGGAGAAGGAGGGAGGAAGUCGAGGGCAACCUGGAGGCAGUCAUUAGCACUCUGGGUUCUGGUUCAGGGCCGGUCACUCGAAAGGUUCCUUCGUCAAACGAGAAUAGAAGAAGCGGUGUUGAAAGCUGGCAGCGAAACACUGCCUUCGAGUCGGAGAGCUCUUCCACAAGCACGACCGCAUCAGAGGCUGCAGUUCCGCAUAGCACCGAGGUCAAGAAUGAAAUGUUGAUGGAGCGCUUGCCAUACAUGGCGCAUAUUCUAGGCUCUUCGAAACACGUGAAGCCUGGAACCGCUCUGCUGGAUCAGAUCAAGUCGAUCACCCGCGUGUCUGGUACGAAUCAUGGCAUGGACGAGGAUACCGACCCGGAGGACGCUGAAGAGCAAGGUAACGCCGCUGACCAGUGGGCUACUGAUCGUCCCGAUGGCGAGCUUGGUGUCCCUGGUGCGGGACGGAAGCAGCAGGCGAUCUCCAGCAAGCAGAAGUCGGCGUUCGAAGCCAGUUCACUCCCGGUCGAGACGUCGGUCGAGAAGCUUGUCCUGGAAGAUGAUGACAUUAUCGACGACUAA